UCUUUGGUCAGCGGAUUCUCCAAUGCUGUAGAUACGUGGUGUAAAUAUGGUUUUAUGGUUUGUGCUGUUUUCCAGAAGUCUGCGAAAUGAUUUCAGCUGUUAGGAGAUCUUUCGGUUGCAAACAAUUUCUUAAGCUUAGGGUAUGUUCUUUUUGUUCAGCUGCUAGUAAAGAUGUGCAUGAUUUGUAUGAUGUUACAAUUGUCGGCGGUGGAAUGGUCGGGGCAAGCUUGGCCUGUGCUCUGGGCCUUGAAAGAACUUUGGAUGACCACAAGAUUCUGUUAUUGGAAGCAGCUCCGGACAAACCACAAAAUAUCACUUCUGCCUACAGUAACCGAGUAAGCAACAUCACACCAGGAUCCAAAAAGCUUUUAGAAAGUAUUGGUGCAUGGGACCAUAUUUGUAACAUGAGAUAUAAGCCAUUUAGAAGAAUGAAUAUCUGGGAUGCUUGUAGUGAUGCACACAUUUCCUUUGAUCCAAGCUUUGUUGAGUCAGACAGCUCCAAAGACAUGGGGUAUAUUAUAGAGAAUUCUGUCACCCUUGAAGCUCUUCGAAAACAGCUCAAAAUGCUUCAAUCUCGAGUUAAAGUUCUUUAUGGAACGAAGCUGAAGAUUUUAACUCUUCCUGACUUAACAAGAGAUAUGGAUGACAAAGAUGUUGGUCAUACCUGGGCCUCUUUGGAAUUGGAUGAUGGAAGAACAGUUCACUCAAGAUUAGUGAUAGGAGCUGAUGGUCCACAGUCCCUGGUGCGAAAACAAGCAUCUAUGGAUUGUCUUUCCUGGAAAUAUGAUCAGUGGGGUGUAGUAGCAACACUUCAUCUUGGAGAGAUUACAGAGAAUAUUGUUGCAUGGCAGAAGUUUUUACCAACAGGACCAAUAGCUCUUUUACCGUUAACAGAGAAUUUAAGUUCAUUGGUGUGGUCUACAACCCUUGAGCAUGCAAAGAAUCUGGUCUCCAUGGAAGAAGACAGAUUUAUUGACGCUAUCAACAAUGCUUUUUGGGAGGACUUUGAUCGUCAUCCUCUUGUGGAUCAGGCAACAAGACUGUCCUACCUGUUAGCUUCUUUCAUUCAGCCAUGGACAAAUGUAGGAUCUGGAACCCAGUCUCCUCCCAGUGUCAGUGGUGUCGAGGAAGGAAGCAGGGCCACAUUUCCAUAUGGCUUUGGUCACGCAACAGAAUAUGCCCGACCAAGACUGGCUUUGAUUGGUGAUGCAGCCCAUAGAGUACAUCCUCUGGCAGGGCAAGGUGUCAAUCUUGGUUUUGGAGAUGUUGCCUGUCUAAGAGAUAUCCUGUCUGAGGCAGCCGAGGAAGGACAAGAUAUUGGCUCUCUGGAGCAUCUUUUAACAUAUGAAACAAAGCGACAACAGAGUGUGGUCCCCAUGAUCACUGCAAUUGAUACUCUUAAGAGACUUUACUCCACUUCCAGUCCUUUGCCAGUUCUUGCACGAUCAUUAGGACUCAUAGCAACUAGCGCUCUACCUCCAAUCAAGGAGCAGAUUGUUGGAUUUGCCAUGAGAUAGCAUGUGGUUGUAAGUCUUGCCUGAAGAAUCAUGCAGUACAAAGGCCCUCCCCCAGAGUAAAAAGCCAGGAAGGAGCAAGUGCAACAUUAGCCACCUAGGCAGGCUCAUGCAUUCCUGUGACGAGCCCUGAGAGCAUCUGUUUGGGAGGCAAGUGCAACAUCAGCGUGUAUCCAAAUAUUCUUUUCAAAAUGUUGAGUGUACAGUGCCUGUGCACAAGACAUCAAGUGAGCCUGUUUAUGAUAGCUGUUUUAUAAAAUGGUUGGUUAAUUCAAAGUGAACAUUAUUAUAUAAGUGAUUUAAUUUCACCUGCCUAACAGCUACCUGGCAUAAAUUUACAUGAUCCAUAAAUCCCAAGGGAUUCCACUGUAUUUCCUUCACACUGGACUCUUGCUGCAAGUGUUAGAUCACAAGAUCAUAUUUUUGCUCUGUCAUUUGUAUCUACUCUCCUAUGGUUGUGUACAAUAUUGCAUGCUGAAUAAAAUGAAACUUGCUGUGUUAAAUGUCAACUAUUUUACCAUAUAAUGUAAAAUUCUGGGGAGUAUUACCUGAAGCAAGUUUUUAAAAGUCCUUUGCAAGUAAUUACUUGAGUCACCCUCUUUUUUUGGGUCAAGAUAUGGAUGUUUGAGUUCAGUUUUGAGGUUGUUUUUCGCUUGUCAUUCAACAAACUAAGGAAAGGGACUGUUAAAUCUUUGGUCAGUGGCUGCAUGUAGAACAAUAAUACAGCAAGGCUGGAAGUAGCAUUGUAUAUUUGUUCAAAGUCCCGAUGCAGUCACCCAUCUUGCCCUGACUGGCUGCCACUGGGCGCCACCAAUGGCACCCUUGGUGUUUACAAUUUGCCAGAAAUGAUUUUAAUAGUAUGCUAAUUCAUCAUUGAGUUACCCCAUUUAAGUCUGGUGGUUCCCAUUUACAAAUGAGGAGAGAGUAUCAGGGGUGUAGCUAGGGGGGGUCCUGGGAUGCCGGCAACUCCCCCUUUUGUAACCCUUUGUUAAGCAACAACCUACAACAGGUGGCAAAAAUAAAAUGACAAUCUGGUGAGUACCCUCACUUUGACACAGUGUGA